AGAGCACAGAAUUCUCUGGACUGGUCAGUUGAGAGUCAUUGGCUAAGCUAGGUUUGAACUGUUUACCAAAGCUCCGUGUGUUAAUCACUUUAUAGAUCAAGUCGACACUUCUUUGCUUUAUACAUGGUACCUCAAAGACAGAGAUUCAACUUUCGAUUCAUUUCUCCUAUGUGUAAGUGAAUUACCUAUGCUUCAGUAUGUCAUUCUUUAACUUCCGUAAAAUAUUUAAACUGGGAUCUGAGAAGAAGAAGAAACAAUAUGAGCAUGUCCGAAGAGAUGAAAACCCGGAGGAAAUAUGGACCAUUAUCGGUGAAUUGGGAGAUGGAGCCUUUGGGAAAGUGUUUAAGGCUCAAAACAAACAGACAGGUAUCCUCGCUGCUGCCAAAGUUAUUGACACAAAGACUGAGGAAGAGUUGGAGGACUACAUGGUAGAGAUUGACAUCCUGGCCUCAUGUGAACACCAAAAUAUUGUCAAGCUGCUUGACGCUUUCUAUUUUGAGGACAAACUCUGGAUUCUCAUUGAGUUCUGUGCCGGAGGGGCUGUAGAUGCUGUCAUGUUAGAACUAGAAAGACCCCUGACGGAACCACAGAUUAAGGUGGUGUGUCGGCAGACUCUACAGGCUCUGGUUUACCUCCAUGACAUUAAAAUCAUCCACAGAGACCUUAAGGCUGGCAACAUUCUGCUCACUUUAGAUGGUGAUGUCAAACUGGCUGACUUUGGUGUGUCUGCCAGAAACACCAAAACAUUGCAGAGGAGAGACUCCUUCAUUGGGACACCAUAUUGGAUGGCACCUGAAGUAGUCAUGUGUGAGACAUCUAAGGACCGUCCAUACGACUACAAAGCCGAUAUCUGGUCACUGGGGGUCACCCUGAUUGAGUUGGCACAAAUUGAGCCACCUAAUCAUGAGAUGAACCCCAUGAGAGUGCUUCUGAAAAUAGCCAAGUCGGACCCUCCUACGCUCAUGCAGCCAUCACGCUGGUCCCCAGAAUUCAAUGAUUUCCUGAAGCGUUGUCUGGACAAAAAUGUUGACAACAGGUGGAGUGCAGCACAACUUUUGCAGCAUUCAUUUGUGUCCAGUGUGACAGACAGCAAGCCUCUGAGAGAGAUAAUAGCUGAAGCCAAGGCUGAGGUGACUGAGGAGAUUGAAGAACACAAAGAGGAAGAGGAAGAAGAAGAAACCGAACCAAAUAUGGGCCAUAAACGUGCUCCCUCUGAUGUCAGUGUUGCCAGCUCGGAGGAUGAGAAGAUUCCACUCUCUCCCACCAUCUUGGAAUCUGUCCCCGAGAAGGGUGAACCACGUCUGUCCAUUAAUACACCCAAUGAGAUCCCUGUAGCUAACUGCAUAUUGGUCACAAGCUUUGCGGAGGAGUCCAUUACUCCUGCAGCCACAGAGCAAGCAGACAAGAUUCUAGUUAAUGUUGGGGAAAAGCAACAGGCGCUGGUAGAAGGAACAGAGGCUGUAGAACCAGGCAACCCAUCAAGCUUACCUGCAAAGGAAAUGGAGCAGCUUGAAAUAGCUUCUGAAAACGAAAAGGAAGUUGACACCACUGAGGUGCCAGCCUAUCCAGAGACUACUACAGAGAUUCGAAAAGAUGCAGCUUCUCCAAAGAGAAAAAUGACUUCAAACACACAAGCAGAGGAGGACUCACAUAAACAUGUUACGGUGACUUUACCAAGUCAGGAUGACGUUCUCUCAAAAGAGGUAGUUGGAGAGAAGCCGACAGUAAUGAUGAAUACAGAAGAUGAGAAGAUUCUUCCAGACAAGGCUAAAAAUGACAAUACAGACCCUGGAAGGAGCUCAACUGCAGAUAUUAGCAGUGUGGACCUGAAUCUGUCUAUUUCAAGUUUCUUGUCCAAAACGAAAGAGCCCGCAUCGGUUUCCAUUCAGGAGACAAAGCGUCAAAAGAAGACAUUGAAAAAGACACGCAAAUUUAUUGUGGAUGGGGUGGAAGUUAGUGUGACUACAUCAAAGAUCAUUACUGACAAUGACACUAAGAACGAGGAAAUGAGAUUCCUCCGACGCCAGGAACUAAGGGAGUUGCGUCUAUUGCAGAAGGAGGAGCAGAGGGCCCAGCAGCAGCUCAGCAAUAAGCUACACCAGCAGAAAGAGCAGAUUUACCGCCGCUUUGAGCAGGAGACCACAAGUAAGAAGCGUCAGUAUGACCAGGAGGUUGAGAACCUAGAGAGGCAGCAGAAGCAGACCAUCGAGAGGUUGGAACAGGAACACACCAACCGACUGAGGGACGAGGCCAAACGCAUCAAAUCUGAGCAGGACAAAGAGCUGUCCAAGUAUCAGAACAUGCUGAAAAACCGCAAAAAGGAGGAGCAAGAGUUUCUUCAGAAGCAGCAGCAGGAUCUUGACAGCGCGCUGAAGAAAAUUAUCCAGCAACACAAACAUGAGCUGGCCACUAUCGAGAGAGACUGCCUCAACCACAAGCAGCAGCUUCUUAGAGCAAGGGAGGCUGCCAUGUGGGAGCUGGAAGAGCGUCAUCUGCAGGAGAAACACCAGCUCUUCAAGCAGCAGCUGAAAGACCAGUACUUCAUGCAAAGACAUCAGCUGCUGAAAAGACAUGAAAAGGAAAUGGAGCAAAUGCAACGCUACAACCAACGAUUGAUUGAAGAGAUGAAGAACAAGCAGACUCAGGAAAGAACCAGGCUGCCAAAGAUUCAGCGCAGUGAGGCCAAGACCCGCAUGGCCAUGUUCAAGAAAAGUCUUCGCAUCACUGGAGCUGCUGUUACACCAGAGCAGGAGAGAGAGAAGGUCAAACAGUUUGCAGUUCAAGAAGAAAAGAGACAGAAGAACGAGCGACUCCACCAGCAUCAGAAGCAUGAAAACCAGAUGAGAGACUUGCAGCUGCAGUGUGACGCCAACAUUCGAGAGCUGCAGCAGUUGCAAAACGAGAAGUGUCAUCUGCUGAUCGAACAUGAGACCCAGAAGCUGAAGGAGCUGGACGAGGAGCAUAGCGUCGAGCUCAAAGAGUGGAGAGAGAAGCUGCGACCGAGAAAGAAGACCUUGGAAGAAGAGUUUGCCAGGAAGUUGCAGGAACAGGAAAUGUUUUUUAAGAUGAGCGGAGAGUCCGAGUGCCUUAACCCCUCCGCACAGAGUCGCAUUUCUAAGUUCUACCCGAUCCCCAGCGUCCAGUCCACUGGUUUCUAGGCCAACCCUCCGGUGUCCAGACUCCAGAUAGACUGAUGCGGCUGAGCCAGUGCCUUCCUCUCCACCAGAAGAGGAAGUAAGAGGUGUUUCCCUCUCUGGACACUUCCUGUUUACUGCAGCUAUUUUCACAGGUCAUUUCCCCAUCUACCACCACAGUCACUAAAGCGAAGUAACUUAUUGGCUGACCUUGUGAUUGAAUUAUUUUCACAAACAGUCCAGUACCUGUAGAAUUGGAAGUUGUAGGCGUUAUAUGUUUUGCUGCUCCAUUUUUUUCUGGUUUAGACAUUUGCAUUAACCCCCCUCAUAAAAUUUGAUAAGCACACAAACAUAUCUUGUAAUGUUGAUUAGUAAAAUUUGGACAAAAUCAUGAGAAUUCUGUUUGUCAUGAAGCAAUGAUGAUGCAGUAAAUCCGAUUACAUACUGUUAUCUGUUAGGAUCUUGGGUAAAGAUUCAUCUGGGGCUUUGAUUUCCAGUUGUAAAAACGAAUCCCUUCAUGUUUUUUCCCUCUGAAUGCCUUUCUGUUUCAAGGCGUGAGACUCAAGCAGCACAUGGCAGUUGCCAUUCUUUUCGGUUAUGCAAAACAGUGGAGGUGUAGACAUUAUAAUUAUAAUUAUUAUUCAGCUAGACAGAAUUACACAUUUAAAAAAAAAAAGAAAAAGAAAAGAAAGAAAACAGUUAUCCUGAGGACGUGAUGUGUAGUGUCCGAUAAAUGAAAGCACCACUGUGUUUUAGCAAUAAACCAGCAUUUAUUCACCAGUGAGGUGGUCAGCAUUGUCCCAUUAUUCAGUUAGGGGUAAAAAAUUGUUAUUCAGGGACAAAGACAAGAUACAUCAUUAUAUUAUGAUGUGUACAUGUCCAACUACAAGAGCUUAAAUCUAUGAGCUGAUAAAUUGUUUGUCUUAAUCAGCCUCCACAUAAAACAUUUCAUUGUCAGGUGUCACAAGUCUAGACUUGCUAGCGAAUAUCCGUAAUGCUUUGGAAAGGCUAGAAUGAGCUACAAUGUCUGCUCAAACUUUGGAAAUUUGAGAUUGUUUUUAUUUUUAUUAUUAUUAUUUUUUUUUUUUUUACAAAUCCUGAAUGCAUAAAUUGUAUCUGCAAUAAAAGAAACAAAAGCUGAGCUCUUUGCAUGUUUGUUUUUUGAUAAAUAUGCUAUCAUGUUCAUAUCAAAUGAAGUUAAUGCAAAAUGUCGGCCUGGCUGGUUUAGGCUUUCUUGAUUUAUCAUCUCAUUUCUUGGUAUCUUUCUAUGAAGUGUUUCUAAAGGUAUUUAAUAGUAAGGCACAAAAACAAAAGUGGAGUGCUGUGCACCUUUUACAAAAUGACAUGACAACUUGGUCGUAUUUCUAUUGCAUAAAACCUGCCACAUGCUUGUUCUAAUUUUGCUGCUGCUGAGUUUUCUAAACCAACUUAAAACAGUAAAUUGUGAAAUAAAGUACUGAGUUGGUAGAAUGAUUUUGUUGUGAAUGUCAAAUCAUAUCAACAUCAUGCAUUUUUUUAAAUGUAUAGUUUUUAGGUGGCCUAUGUCAUGAAGAUUUUUGUUAUUUCUGUAAAUAAAGUUUGCUCUACUACA